UUCAGUUAUGCGAGUUGUUGGUAAAUAAUGAAACUGGACACAUGAUUUUUUAGGUUUCUUGAAUUACAUUAGUAAUUUCUUUCUAUUAAUAAUUAUAAAUUAGCCUGGAGAAGGAGGAAGACUUGCAGAUUUUUCCCAUUUUGUUAUUUGGAACCUAACAAUUGCAUCAUUCAUGGACCCCCAAAUUAGAGGUUAAUGACUCAACAACCACGUGGCUAACUUGCUGCCUUGAAAUAGGACUAUCAUCCGGACUGAAAUUUGUUCAGUUGGACAUACCCGGGGCGCUGCACAGCGGAGAGUCAACGUGGUUGAAAUGCCAAUAUGAACUUGGAGAAGACGAACUUUAUUCAGUCAAAUGGUACAAGAACAACGUGGAAUUCUUCCGGUAUUUACCCAGUGACAUGCCCGCUGGUCAGAAUUACGAGCUACUUGGAGUAUAUGUCGAUCUUCCGAAGUCGAAUGCUACCCACGUAUACCUGUAUAAAACGGAUCUCAACACAGAAGGGACGUAUGGUUGUGAAGUUUCCACAGAAGCACCAUCUUUCAGAACAGUAAAGGCGGAUAAGGAACUGAGAAUCUAUGUGUUACCAACAAACGGCCCUGUGAUAGAAGGUAUAGAUCCACCCUAUCAGAUUGACGAUGUAGUAAAUAUAUCCUGCACUUCAGGGCCCUCAAAGCCUACAGCUCACAUGAAAUGGUUCAUAAAUGAUAAGGAAUACUCUCCCACUUCUGAAAGUCGUUACCCAGCUAUGCGACACCCAAAUGGGCUGCAAACCACCCGCAUUGACUUGGAGUUUAAGAUUGACCACAGUCAUUUUUACCGAGGAGAAAUCAAGAUCGUAUGCAUGAGCUCAAUACCCCAGGUGUACUCAAGCACCAGUGAAGAAUUGGUGAUUGGAGACCGCGGCUCUUCCAUUAAUCCUUAUCACGUAUCCCAUUCUGCUCCAGGUCAAAAAGGUCCAGUUAUAGAUGGUAACUUGCCAUGGUACCAUGUGGGAGACCUUGUGAAUUUAACUUGUUCUUCGGCGAAAUCUCCCAUUCCUGUUCACAUUCGGUGGUUUGUUAAUGAUAUGGAAGCGAAACAAGAGCAUAUAAUAAAGUAUCCUACCAUUCGCUACUCUGAUGGCACUGAAGUCUCCAGUUUGGGCCUCCGCAUGAGAGUCGAGCAUCACCAUUUCAAAAGCGAUGAAUUACGCAUCAAAUGCACAACAACACUGUACAGAAUGCUAACCAUGAGAGCUGAGAAGACACUGUUUAGCUCUGCUCAGAAACAACUCUUCUUCCAUGAUUUUUCUGUGGAUCUUGGUCUUUAUAUUCCAGUAUUCUACAACAAGACUAUAACAUUGUUAUUAAUCGUAAUAACAAAGGAAAUAAUCUGGAUGACAAUAGCACUGAAAUAACGGCACAAUUUUGAUAAUACAUGGAGGAUGGAUUAUGGUACUCUAAUUAUAAAGAAUAUCACAAACUCUGGUGAACUAACUAUAAGAUUCAUAUUUUUAUCAGAAUAUGAAUCUCACAACUUUGGAAGGCGUUUUCAUACAAUGUAGAAAUACCAGAGAAUGCCAGGAAACAAGAAAUAGAAUAUGGAUGUGACCUAACGAAACAUUGCUCCUAUGUACAUCAGGCCAAAUAUCAUGGAACCUGCAUUUUUAUCAUUGUGCACGAAAAAGCGUCCGGAGUAAUUUUUUUCAGAUGGAAGCAGGGGACAAGAAAGUCAGAAAGAAUACAUUUAAGAAGAUGCUGAUUUGUGUAGAAACAAAUUAAAAUGUUCAUGAAAACCUCCUUUAUAUUUAACAUUCAAAGUCAAUUCAAGGAUAUUUGUCAAAGAACUGUUAGCUGACGUCUGUGUGUUCUUAAUGCAUCAUUGAAAUUUAACUGCAUCAAAAAGAUUUGGAAAUAUGCCAUGGAUUUAAGGGUGUUCAAGGAAAUGUUUAGUUGGAAAACGAAGAUUGUUUAUGGAAUUUGAGCAGCAUUACGUUAGACUAAUUUUCAAUUUUUUUUUAUCUAACACAUUGUUUAUUAAAUUUAAAAACAGUAAGUGAGAUUAUAAGGCAUAAUUUAUUAAUUUUAUUAAAACUUUAACAAUUGCAAAAUAAAUAUUUGAAAACACACACAAAAAAAUUAUAUUUUCUUCCACAAACAAAUAAGCUUAUGAUGAAAUAUGAGAGUCAUCACGUACUUAUUUUCAGACAAUAAUGAGCAUGGAAAGAAAUUACUAAUAGAUCUGGCCAAGUUUAAAAAUUAAUUGUUCCGAAUUGUUUUGAAAUUUCGCUACUGCUCAUAGAAUCCCGCAGCAGACACAUAGAUAUAAGUAAGACUGUAGAGGAUAAUGCGCGUCAUUAUCAAAAAGGAAAAAUGCAGGUUGACGUCAAAAUUUUUGGAAUAUAAAAACUUUUCAAAAACCACAUUUGGAAGAGGGAAAAUUAUGGAAGUAAAAAUACAGAUCGUAAAAGUGUGAAGCCUAGAUAAAAAAAAUAAUAAUAAAAAAAACAACUUUAAGUUAAUUAGAAUCGUUAUCGCAUUUAUAAUGUAUUUUAAUUUUCAUGUCAUGACUGUUUGGGAUUUUUGUUUCUUACGAUAUCAUAUUUUUUUAUUAUCUGCAUCUUGGUUUUAUUUUAACUUCCCAUCUUUUAAAUUAAAAAUUUUUUUAAAACACAGAUAAAAGUAUUUUUAAAAGACUUGUUUUUAUCUUUUAUUU